AUGACGUCCUCCGCCCCACCGCCGGCGCAGAUCCUCCUUACCCUCACCGUUGCGCGCGCUGCAGUUUCAAAUCGUUCUCACUUCUUUUCACGAUUUUCUAUGACCUCUCGCACGGGCACCUCUAGUGCCCUAGCGGAGCAAACCGCCGACUUUAUACCUUCCGCGAGCCCUGCCCAACCCAACGACGUCUCCUUCCCUCGUUCCGCCGCAGUAGAGGGGCCUCAAGAGGUAGAGAAAAACGUAACUUUAUGCGAUGCCUCCACCUAUUCGCCCCCACGCACCGUUCGCAGAAUGAAAAGUUCCUCUGACCUGCGAGACGUGUUCCGUAACGGCAGUCUUCCCUCAAAUGCCCCAAAUGUCGUUGCAUAG